AUGGAGAGAAGAGAACGGGCAAAAGAGAAGGAGAAGGAACAAUGGAGUGGAGAGGAAAUGGCAAAAAAGAUGAUUGCGAGCGGAGCUUUUGAUUCGGGCCUUAUCGCCUCCGCAUUCAAAGAGCUUCGCAACGAAAAGCCACCUCUCAAUUCAUGCAUUUCGUUCAAGAACAACAUGCAUAAGAUUCGAGCUCCCGACUUCCCAAUUGCAGAUGACAAAAUAGUCAAACUCACUCAUGCUCUGGAUAACUUCAUUUGUGCAGCAAAAGUCGCUGAGGAAGUUCACUCAGUUGUUCUUGCCCUGAUGCCAUUGGAAUGCUCGGUGACCCUCCAACAGAUCUUUCCCAUUCUCAGUGGAACAUUUGCCAAUCAUGGCAAAAUGUUUUUGAACAACAAGAAAGUGGAUUCGACGGUUGCAAUGACCGCAUAUACAUUGGAGAUUCUGCCAGAUGGAUGCUCGAAUUCCUUGUUCACAACAGUCUAUCAUCUUCACAAUUGGAAGCAGAAAAGAGGAUUGGAUAAUGUUGGAGACUUGGUUUCUACCGUUGAGAAGGUUCUCACGACUAAUGAGAACACAGUGCUGAUGAGUAUGAACGGAAUGGGUCGUGCUGGAACAAUGCUUGCUCUUUUCACUUCAAUGCUCCAUGUUCAAAAAGGAAAAGAAGUGAAUACGAAGGAGAUUGUAGACAAGUUGAGAGGAGAAAGAUGUGGUCUGAUCGAGAAUGCUGAGCAGUAUGGAACGGUUUAUAGAGCAAUGGCUUUGUGGUUUAAGAACAAGUCGACGGAUGAGGAGGUUCAGAAGAAGGUCAAUGAGUUCGCACCAUGUGUUCAGUGA